UGAUUCACACACUUUGUUUUUCUACCUCAUUUCCUUCACGUAACCAAACCAAAAAAUGUCACCGGAAAAUCACAUCCAUUCGCCGGAAUCCGUCGCCGCCGGCAUGAAUUUCACCGAGACAGAAUUAACCUUAGCAUUACCCGGAGAGUCUCGUGCAGUACUACAAGAAAACGGAGCGAAGACAGGGACAAAACGGGGAUAUUUACAAACGGUUGAAUUUCUUGGAAUUUCUAAAAACUGUAACUCGUCGGAAAAUGACGUCACUAGUGCACCAAAGGCUCCGGUAUCAAAGGCACAAGUGGUGGGGUGGCCGCCGGUGAGAGCUUACCGGAAAAACGCUAUAAAAAGCUGUAAGCUGGUGAAGGUUGCCGUUGACGGAGCGCCGUAUUUGAGAAAAGUUGAUCUUGAGAUUUAUCAGAGCUAUCAAGAGCUUUUGACUGCUCUUGAGGAUAUGUUUUCUUGUUUGACCAUAAGAAAUAAUUUGAAUGAGAGGAAAAUUAUGGAUGAAAUGAAUGGAGGUGAAUAUGUGCCUACUUAUGAGGAUAAAGAUGGUGAUUGGAUGAUGAUUGGAGAUGUACCAUGGAAUAUGUUUGUUGAAUCAUGUAAGAGACUAAGGUUAAUGAAAAGCUCAGAAGCAAUUGGACUAGCUCCAAGAACACCUUCAAAAUGUUCAAGCUCAAGUGAUUGAUUUAAAGAUAUACAGAUGAAAUGAUAUACAACUGAUGUACAGAGGCUUUUAUCUUUACUUUGCUAUACAGGCCAGUUUGGUUUUGUGUUAAUUGAGAGAUUUUUGGGAGGAUCAAACUGUAUAAUAAAAGGAGAAAGAGUGUCUGCCUGUAAUUUUCAGUUUGUUGUAUUUUGGUCCUUAGUUGGUGCAAAUUGAUGUUUUUGUCCCA